GCCCUGGAGGCUGUCAAUAUCCGACUACGCCAUCUUUACCCAGACAGUGACCAGAUAUUUGAUGUGGUGCUAAUGACCAAUCACCACGCACAAGUUGGGGUCAGACUCAUCAAAAGCAUCAACCAUUACGGUCUGAACAUUGAGAGGUUUUGCAUGACUGGUGGAAAAAGCCCAAUUGGCUACCUCAAAGCGUAUCUCACAAAUUUGUACUUAUCUGCCGAUGCGGAAAAGGUGCAGGAAGCAAUCGAGGAAGGGAUUGCUGCGGCAACCAUGUUCAACCCACCGGAGGAUCGCGUGUUAAAAAAUGAUGAGCUGCGUGUGGCGUUUGAUGGCGACGCGGUACUCUUCUCAGAUGAAUCGGAGAUAAUAGUUAAGGAACAUGGACUUGAUACCUUCUUUGAACAUGAAAAGAAGUUUGUCGACAAUCCCCUUGCCCAGGGCCCACUGAAGAUGUUCUUGGAGACCCUAGGCCGCAUGCAGAGAAAGUUUCACGUGAAAGGCGAGCGGCUGGGGUGCCCCAUUCGCACUUACUUGGUAACCGCACGUAGCGCUGCCAGCUCGGGGGCUCGGGCCCUGAAGACCCUGCGGACGUGGGGCCUUGAGGUCGACGAAGCCCUCUUCUUGGCCGGUGCCCCGAAAGGACCGCUGCUUGAAAAGAUCAGGCCCCAUGUUUUUUUUGAUGAUCAAAUGUUUCACGUCGAGGGUGCACACGAGCACGGCACUGUGGCGGCACAUGUGCCGUUUGGAAUUGGUCAAAAAUACAAUAAGUCUCAGAAAAAAAAGUAG